CGCCACUGGGAAUAGAAUGGAUGAAGGCACAACUCUCACUGCGCGCGCCGCGUGCGGUUGUGUUGUGGUCAUUCACUCCGUUCGAACAGACGUGCCAACUUCGGACUCUGUACGCAGCUUAGUGUUCUUGUACGGUACGAUCUAAAUGCGCGUAAGAACGGACAUCGCGCAGUUUCUCUUAAAAAUAAUUAGUAUGUGAAUGCGGCGAUUUUUGUUUGAUAAACACGAAAACUAGUGAAAUGUUGUUGUUCGCGCACUAACCGAAAUACGUUUCCUUGGCCUUUGGACAAGCUUCAUGAGGGACGAGUUAUUUAUAUUUUCAUAAGAUACUUUCUUCUUCUGCUUCUCAGUUAUGAUUAUUAGAAUAUCAUGGCUUCUACAGAUAUUAAUCGCUGUCGCCAUAGUUGCCUUGGUAUCAGGUAGUCCAAUAUUUUUCCGAACAAGAGACAACAAAGCUUUAAUAAAAUGGAACCCACCUGUAGACGAAUGGAAUUGGACAAUAACGCCACGAAACGAAGAGCCAUCCUUUGUGCCAUCCAACUUCACGCACAAACUUCCUCCUUCGGCCAACGAAACCGAAUUGAUCGCACACAUGGCGGCACUGAAAAGAAAUUAUUCGCGUUUACUUUGGGAUAACGAUAAGAGCACUAACCUGCCUCUUUUUGUGGAAAAAGCUCUGAAACUGUUGAAUUUGAAGCAAGUUUAUUAUGAAGUUGAACACUCUGUUAUGUCUAAAGUUUCCUGCACGGCAUGUAAAGCUGGAGCCGGCCUUUUACAACAUUACAUCAAAACCGGUAAAAGCAAAGAGGAGAUUACUAAAAUGAUUUAUCAGUUUUGUGUAUCUUUAAACAUUCAGUCCACUCGAGUCUGUGAAGGUGUAACGAGGCUUUUUGGAAGUGAAGUGGUCUAUGUGUUAAAACGUAUUACUAUAGGCCCCAAUGAAAUAUGCAGUUUUGUGAUAGGAGAUGCUUGCGGUGACGUGUAUAACCCUUACCACGAGUGGGAAGUAUCAUUUCCGCCGGUGCCGAAGCCACCUCCACGUUUAUUGGAUAUUCCUGUGGACAAAGCACCGACUUUCAAAGUUUUGCAAAUCUCAGACACACACUUCGACCCUUACUAUGCAGAAGGUGCUAACGCGGAAUGCAACGAGCCGCUUUGUUGCCGCGCAUCGAGUGGUCCUGUGCUGACGCCGGCCAGCGGCGCUGGCCGCUGGGGAGACUACCGCAAAUGCGACACCCCCAAACGAACCAUCGAUCAUAUGCUGAAACAUAUCGCCGACACGCACACCGACAUUGACUACAUAUUAUGGACUGGAGACCUGCCACCACACGAUGUCUGGAAUCAGACGAAAGAAGAAAACCUGAAGGUCCUCCAAGAAACUGUAGCUCAAAUGUCGGACAUGUUUCCUGGAGUUCCAAUUUUUCCUGCUCUGGGCAACCAUGAAUCCUCACCUGUAAACAGUUUCCCGCCACCAUAUAUUUCAUCUCCGGACUCAAGUAUAGCCUGGCUGUACAACGAGUUGGAUGCGCAGUGGCGCCGCUGGUUGCCUGCUGGUGUUUCAUACACCGUACGGCGCGGCGCCUUCUACUCUGUGCUGGUGCGACCUGGUUUCCGGAUCAUAUCGCUUAACAUGAACUACUGCAACAAUAAGAACUGGUGGUUGUUAAUGAACAGUACAGAUCCCGCUACUGAAUUGCAGUGGUUAAUCUACGAACUGCAAUCAGCCGAAUUCAGUGGUGAGAAGGUUCAUAUUAUCGGGCACAUUCCGCCUGGACAUUCGGACUGCCUGAAAGUAUGGAGCCGUAAUUAUUACGCCAUUGUCAAUAGAUACGAGUCAACAAUAACAGCACAAUUUUUCGGACACACACAUUUUGACGAAUUUGAAGUAUUCUACGAUCCCAGCGAUCUCGGCAGAGCUACUAAUAUAGCAUACGUGGGUCCAUCUGUUUCUCCAUAUUACGAUUUGAAUCUUGGAUAUCGAAUAUAUUAUGUAGAUGGUGAUCACGAUGCAACAACAAGACAAGUGGUGGAUCACGAAACUUGGAUCAUGAACUUAAAAGAAGCAAAUCAAUUCGGUUAUCCGAUAUGGUACAAGCUGUAUUCGGCGCGAUCUGCGUACUCAAUGCCGGCUCUCCGUCCGCAAGACUGGGAUAAAUUUAUAGACGAGAUGACUGCACAGGAAACAGUUUUUAACUUAUAUCACAAACAUUACUGGAAGAACAGUCCCAGACGUGGAAUAUGCGACGGCGAGUGCCGCAAACGGCUAAUUUGCGACGCGCGUUCAGGUCGUUCGCACGACCGCCGAGCGCUUUGCGGACACAUCGAAGCACGUAUUGAUGGCACCGCACCGGCACCCCAAACUUGGCGCGCCUGGUUCUAUAACGGAUUGUCUGUCUCGAUGUCAAUGAUAAUGCAAUUACCUCAAGUGGCGUAUCAAAUACCAAAGUUUGUUCUGGGACUCGGCUGAAAAUAUGAUGGAUACAUUAUGAACAAAAAUGAAACUUGUGUCACCACCGCUGAAUAUGUAAAAAAAUAAAGAUUAGGUAUAUUGCAUUUGUUUUAACUUAUGUAAAUUUCAUAAACUUGCAAUUUAUUUUAUUAGAUACCUAACAGUACCUCCAUGAUUUAUUUUCUUCGUAAAGCAAGUAAUUGUGUUUAAUGAUUUUAGUAUUUUUAUAACAUUUGAUGUACUUGUACAAAAUACCAAAUUAAAUUAUAAUACUCAAGAGCUAUAAGGUGGUCCAAUUAGCAAUACUUGCUAUCGAUACUGUUAUUUAUUUUUAAGGUACCUAAAAUAUUUUGUAAAUAUAAUUUGUAAAUGUGUAAUAAAUAAUUAAAUUUGA